CGGGUUUAAUAGAGCAGCACCGGCGCACUUCCUAUUCCGGCUCUAUCGAACAGCGCACAUUUCUGCACAUCAGGUCAUGAUGAUUAAAAAUGGAAAUAUAAAAUGUACUCUUUAAGAAGUGCAGAAGAGGUUCGGGACAUCUGAUGGGACAUGUGUGCCCCCUAAAUGACCAUGUAGGUUGACCAGUGACCCUGAAGAAAUUAAUUACCUGCAAACAACUCUCAUGGUCUUUCCUGGACGAUCUGCUCAUCAUUUGAUUUGUCAUCUCGUUCCCACCUACAGGAGGCACUGCAAUGGUUAAUCAGCAUAUUUUCGCACACUACAAUUACACUGGGAAACUAAGCAAUCAUGAAGACACCUGGGGGGCCCGGUUGGACCCUAAAACGGUGGUGUUUUUGGUCAUUUGCAGUCUCAUCGUCUUGGAGAACUUGAUAGUACUGGUGGCGAUAUGGAAAAACCACAAAUUACAUAACCGGAUGUACUUUUUCAUUGCUAACCUGGCGUUAUGCGACUUACUUGCCGGUAUCACCUACAUAGUCAACCUGUUGAUGUCAGGUCACCGGACGCUGCACCUGUCCCCCACCGAGUGGUUUGUGCGCGAAGGAAGUAUGUUUGUUGCCCUGGCCGCUUCCACCUUCAGCCUCUUGGCGAUCGCUAUUGAGCGUCACCUCACUAUGAUUAAAAUGAGGCCGUAUGAUGCCAACAAAAAAUACAGGGUGUUUUUGCUAAUAGGGAUGUGUUGGUUGAUCGCAAUCACCCUGGGAGCAUUGCCCAUCUUGGGCUGGAAUUGUCUCGAAAAACUUCCACAAUGUUCGACCAUCUUACCUCUCUACAGCAAGUACUACGUAGCGUUCUGCAUCACCAUCUUCAUAUCACUGCUGCUGGCGAUUUCCGUGCUCUACGCCCGAAUUUACAUCCUCGUCAAGUCCAGCAGUCGCAAUGUGACCAAGCACAGCAACUCUAAACGCUCCAUGGCUCUCCUGCGAACCGUUAGCAUCGUGCUGGGUAUCUUCAUCACCUGCUGGAUGCCCAUCUUCGUCAUCCUGCUUGUCGAUGUGUCCUGUGGACCCAGGAGGUGCCCGAUUCUGCUCAAAGCUGAUUGGUUCAUAGCCCUGGCGGUUCUGAAUUCCGCCAUGAAUCCGGUGAUCUACACGCUGGCUAGUAGGGAAAUGCGCCGAGCGUUUUAUAAGCUAGUUUGUGGGUGUUUGGUGGCCGAAGGUGGGGUGGGGUGUAAACAUAACACAGAGCCUAGUAGAAGCAAGUCUAGCUCGAAUAGCCAGCAAGCGGCUGAACAAGAAAUCAACAAUACCAAAAGCAAAAAUUCAGCCUGCUAACGAUAACAAGAGU